AUGGCACAACGAUAUUUAACUAUCAUUCUUCUCCUCGCACAUUUACGAGCAAUAUCUACUCGAGCCAGUAAUUCAUUGAUCGAUUGUCAAGCAAUUGCGCAACAAUUCACGACGAGUAAUUUUACUAGACCCGUAGCAAAUAUCACUGUUGCUUCUGAAAUCAACAUGAGUUGUUGUGGAAUGAAUGCAACUCUCUGUCCUGGUCGUAUCGAUUCGAAUGGUAACUGUGUAUUUGAAAGCAAAUUAUGCGUAACUUGUACAUUAGAAAAUAGCAUCGCCCGUAUAAAAAUUCAAUCGAAUGGUUUACCACCGUAUUGUCCUGUUUUGAGCGGCAUCGUUCCGUUAAGAGAACAAAAUAUUGAUUUUGCAGUAAAUUUUAAUCCUGAUGUUUCAGUUUUGGAGCCAAGAAUCAACAUGAUGAUACAAAUCGACAUUGGAUACAGCCGUCUGUUUGUUUCUGUCAAUUCGAUCGCUGGUAUUAGCAUUGAUGGAGUACCCAUCUUCAAUGUCGAUAGUACUAGUAAUCAAGACGUAUAUUAUCCCAUCACUGGACCACCUACAGAUUGGGGUGAUCAAUGUUUUGCACAUCCUUCAUUGGACAGUAUCUAUCAUUAUCACAUUGACAGUGGUUGUGCAUUGGAGCCACCAGUGGGUCAAACUACGUUGUGCAAUAAUAUUCCACCUUGCCGAAGAGAUGGUGCCUCUUACAGCAUGAGCAUGUUUCGUGAUUAUCAAAAUUUGACUGUGUUGGGUGUAGCCAAAGAUGGGCACGUUGUUUAUGGACCCUACACACCGGACCGGUACUACAGUAAAUCAAGGCGUUGA